CAUACCUGAGUUGGUUUAAUUGGAACUUUCACUCGAAGUGAAACAAAUGAGACCACAUACUCUGGUAGAGGAGUUUCCUGUGAGUCGGGGAGUGCGCACAAGAGAAUCCGAGCAGUACAGUACAUAGGAAAUGACUCAUAGGAGUUGAACUGUUAGCGUGGGUGUGUGCGCUAUUAAAACAAGGCGCAGACUCCUCCGGGUGACUCACUCUGAUGCUCGCUUUUCCAUGCUGAAACCCAGCACGGAUUGUUAAUCAGAUGAACUUUCGGGAAUUGUGUAGCCGACAGCGAGCAGCUUUUUACCCGCAGACAUCAUGGCUUCAAACGCUCUCUGCGCACUGUGUGGACUUAUUAUAGCGGCCGUGACCAAUUUCUAUGGUGUGAGCGCACAGAAAAGUCAGUGCAGCAAUUCAGAGUUUUGGAACACAGAUUUGGAUGUUUGUGUGCCAUGUGCAUCGUGCAAGCAGUACCCAAAGACCCCAUCAUGCAACACAUGUAAAUAUGUGGAGGAGACACCUGAUGUGUGGAAACUGGCAGCCAUCACCAGUUUCUCAGUGCUUGCUGUCGUGCUGGUCGGUGCCGCGUUGAUUAUCGGGUUCAUGGUGCAUCGGCGCAAGUCACACAAGAGGCCUUUACGUGAACCCAUCGAAGAAACUGCGGGGCCACUUUAUCAAGCUUAAACAUUUCACCUCAUCUUCCUCUGGAAACAGAUGUGACAGAACCAAGGAGCGACUGGUUCAGACUCCAGACGGAGGAACCUCUGGACCAUGAACUGUACAUUCUGACCAGAAUCGGACCAUUUUAAUUUAUUAGACUGUUGAGUGAAGAGACGUGUUCAGUUCUCACGCUCAGCGUAGGUCCAACAGUGACCACAGGACUUACAACGAGCAACUCUCACACCUCUUUAGGAAUAGCAACAACAUUACAAUAGUGCUAUCAGUUUUCAGAUUUUGUGUGCCUUUAUAUUCCACUUAAAUGAGGUUUUGAUCUGGAAAACCUUUGUGGGUUUGCAGAUGUAUGAUUCAGAAGUAAGAUAAAACUACAGCCCUUUCUUCAGAGAGAUGGACGCUUUCCAAAUUCUCGACUCUGAUGAAUGUAACACAGCUACUGCUGCCUGCUGGGCUGCAGUUUGAUCUCCUGCUAUUCACCGGGGUUAGACGAGGUCUAUCUGCUGGUCACUGACCACAGCAGCCUCUUAAAGAUAAAACAACAUGUGAGUAAGAUAUACUGUUAGGCACAUUAAGGCCAUUUGAAUGUAGCUACUUUUGCAGUAGAUGAAAUGUGUUCUAGCCUUUGACCCUGCCAGUACCUCUGUGUACCUGUUCUUUUUAGUAGCCUCAUACAAUGCUGUCGAUUAAAGUAGCAAACUGUAUUCAUUCACUGUUACUGGGCCUCCUGAGACCAACGCAGACCCUGUAUUGCAGGUCAUUACAAUAUUGUCUCGUCUGUUUUAACAUUUCUAGGUUUUAGGAGAUGUUAGUUGGACUUUCCUCUAUCACAACCCGAGAACUCACACGUUACCGUCCAAGGACAGGAUGUUUGAAACACUAGACAUACAAUCCCAAACUGCUAACACGUGGGAAUGUUACGAGGAAUGUACUGCAGUGAAGGAAAUGACAUCUAGAGCGUUAUAGGUGAAGCUAUUCAAUCACACGAUCAUGCUUACUAACACUUGACCUGUUAUUUCAGAUCUGCACCAGGACGAAAAAAUACAUAUAUAUGUCUAGAUGUCUGUUUGUAAUUUUGUAGGGAAUCAUGAUGGGCAAAGUUGUUGUUUUCCACCUUUUUUUAUAGGUUGAUUUUUCUUUUUUUUUCUGUUAAUCUUCAAAACAUCAUGCAGUAUGUGGUUACUGAGAUAUUUAAUGUGACUGACAAUGUUUCAGGUCAUAUUUUCGAUCUGUCUGCUUGCAGGUAAACUGCCUGUCCUCUGGCAGCACAUUCACUUAAAAUACAGAUACUUCCUCUUUUUUUGAGAUUUUUGUAUUAUUUAUUUUAAAGUAUCUUGCAGUGUUGUUUUGCAUCGACUGCGAGUGACAAGCACAGUUGUAAAGGGACUCCAGUGAAGAUUUAUUUUAAACUUCCACCAGGCCAGCCAACAGUUUUACUGAGCAAUAACUAACAUUUUCUGCUUCUCUCUUUCGCUUCCUAUUUCUAAUUGUAUAUACUGUACAUGCACUGGCUUCUUUUACUUAAUGCAAUCUUAUAAACUGCUUUAUGUACCAAAUGUAUUUUCACAAUAAAACUGACAAUUUCUAAUAA